GCGUGGCCAAGGAACGCGUGGGAGAAGAUGGCGGACGGCGGCGCGGCGAAGCGCCCCAAAGGCGUGCAGGUUGAGGACAGGAAGGUGAACUGGCGGCGCUGGAAACAGGAGAGGAAAGCAGAGAAGAAGAAAUGGAAGGAGCUGAACCUGCUGAAGAAGCUGGAAAAGCAGCGGGUGCGGGAGGUGGCAGAGAAACAGGCAAAGGAGGAGGAACAGCAGCAGCAACAGCAGGAGGACAAAGGGCGGCACUACACGCUGAGCGUGGCCCUGCCGGGCUCCAUCCUGAACAACGCGCAGUCGCUGGAGCUGCGGACGUACCUGGCCGGGCAGAUCGCUCGAGCGUGUGCCAUCUUCUGCGUGGAUGAGAUCGUGGUGUUCGACGAGCAUGGAGAAGAUGCUAAGAGCGUGGAAGGGGAAUUUGAAGGAAUUGGGAAGAGAGGCAAGGCUUGUGUGCAGCUGGCUCGGAUCCUGCAGUACUUGGAGUGCCCUCAGUACUUGAGGAAAUCAUUUUUUCCAAAACAUGGGGAUCUGCAAUUUGCAGGGCUCCUCAACCCACUGGACAGCCCUCACCACAUGCGGGUGGAUGAGGAUUCAGAGUACCGAGAAGGUGUGGUGUUGGACCGGCCAAGUAAGCCAGGCAGAGGCUCGUUUGUCAACUGUGGGAUGAAGAAGGAGGUACAGAUUGACAAACAGCUGAAGCCCGGUCUGCGCGUCACCGUGCGCCUGCAGGAACCUCAGAAUCCAGAAACUAAAGUACGGAAGGGCACUGUGGUGUCCUCACAGCACCCUCGCACGGUGUCUGGUUUGUACUGGGGUUACAGCGUCCGCCUUGCCUCCUGCCUCAGUGCUGUCUUUUCAGAAUGCCCAUUCAAGGAAGGCUACGAUCUCUCUAUUGGGACCUCAGAGCGGGGUAACUCCGUGGACCAGGUCACCCUCCCCUCCUUUAGGCACAUUCUUGUCGUAUUUGGAGGUCUUCAGGGCUUGGAAGCUGGGGUCGAUGCAGACCCAAACCUGGAGGUCACUGACCCGAGCAUCUUGUUUGACUUCUACCUGAACACCUGUCCCAGCCAAGGCAGCCGAACCAUCCGAACAGAGGAAGCAUUGCUGAUCUCUCUGUCGGCACUGAGACCUCACAUUGAUGAGGCUGUGAAGACUCCCACUGACAGCUCAGAAAAAGAAAACCACUGACCCUGUCCUCCACUUCGGACUGCCUCUGGGAGUAGCCUGUUGCUAUUCAAACACAGAGAAUCACUCCAGGAACCCAGCAGGGCCAGCCUUUGGGAAGCUGAAGAUACAAAGUAAGUAAAGCCAGCACCGCUGCUCAACCAAGUCUCCAGCAUCUCUGGACCAUUCUGCUGCAACAUCCAGCCAAAAGCUGGUCAGCAAACUGACUGUCAGCAAUUCAGAUGUCUUGGGUAGAGAAUAAAACAGUACCAAACCUCCACUUCAUCGAAA